CCCCCUUAUGUAUGCACAAGAUCAGCUCAUUUCAUGCCUUGGAAGUGAACAGGAUAAUCAUGAGUACAUCUUUAAGGGCUUAAUAUUGGAGUUUUCAUACAGACAAAAUGGACCUAGAAGACAGAGACCUUGUUGAGAUGAUAGCUAAAUUUAUCGAAGAAGCUUCCGACACAGAUAAUAACCGAGAGGUCUUGAUGGCUGGAAGACAUUACCCGUCGGUCCAAGAGUUUGCCUCUGCGAUCCCCAACCACCUCCUGCUGGGCUCUCUCCUGGAGCACCUGUGCUUCGUCUAUGAGACCAACCCAGCGCGCUCACGUACGCUGUUUAAAGUUAUAGGCCAGCGUCUAGCCGCCCUGAACCUCCUCUCACCUUUAGCCAUCAGCGAUGAGUUCAGCACCGUCAGACUGCAGCACAACCGGGCCUUCACCGAGCUGCUGCACGCUGCCAGCUCCUCGCUGUAUCCUCAGGGCCAACAAGGUCUCGGGUCAAACACGCACAACCCUGCUGUAAGACCUAAGGAGGGACUGUUCCAAGCGCAGACAUCCCGGUAUCUUAGUGAAUUUGAAGAAAUGCUUCGGCUCGGAAAAGGAUCAUAUGGAAAUGUUUUUAAGGUUAUGAACAAACUGGAUGGACAAUAUUAUGCUGUGAAGAAAAUCCUCAUCAAAAAAGUCUCAAAGGAUGACUGCAUGAAGGUCCUCAGAGAAGUCAAGAUGUUGUCCAGCCUGCUGCAUGGGAAUGUUGUCGGCUAUCACACUGCGUGGAUGGAACAUGUUCAGCCCGUAGCAUAUCCUGCGUCCCUGCUGCCUGCACUGGAGUCACCUGAACAAAACGACAGCUCUGAUCAGAGU